AUGAAACUCCUUCUGCUGGUCACUCUUCUCACAGCAGGCACCACUGCACACAGCAUCAGCCGUCGGGCUCUGUGGCAUUUCCGCAAUAUGAUCAAGUGCACCAUCCCUGGGAGUCAUCCCUUUUUGGAAUACAGCAACUAUGGCUGUGGUUUCGGGGGCUCAGACACUCCAGUGGAUGAGUUAGACAGGUGCUGCCAGACUCAUGACAAUUGCUACGAUCAGGUCAUGAAGAUGGAAAACUGCAAAUCUCUCAUAGACAACCCCUACAGCAGCUCCUACUCAUACUCAUGUUCUGGGAAUGAGAUCACCUGCAGUGACAAAAACAACCCCUGUGAGGCCUUCAUCUGCAACUGUGACCACGAGGCCGCCAUCUGCUUCUCCCAGGCUCCAUAUAACAAGGAGAAUAAAGGCAUUAAGUGUUAG